UUAUGCUGCUAUGCCCCUUUGAUAAUGGAUAGUCUAUCCGUACGUGUCCCUUUCCUCUUCUGAUCAAUUGCCUCUACUCUGAUACACAGUAAAAUAUAUAUACUACACACUUGUUUAUUGAUCUUCCAUGGCUAGUACUCCUCGUUUUCUUUCUUUCCUUCGUCAUCGUUAUCGAGUCUCUUCUCCCGCUGGCUCCUUCUACACACUUCUCUCCCCUAAUUUCUCCCAACAUUCUGAUCAUUAUUGUGAUAAAGAGCCUGAACCUUAUUUCAAAGCUUGUAAUCAUGGAUUACAUGGCAAUGCGUUUUCUCAAUAUUUCAUUGGAGGGCGGGGACCAGCUUAUUCCUCAUCUUCACUUGUAUUCAAGCAGGUCAAUUCUGCACCAUUUCUGUCUUCGCUUUCCAGAAAAAGUACUAGUCACCUCCUUUUCUCCCGUGGUUUUCUCAGUAGAUCUAAGAAGAAAAAGGAGGCAGAGUUUGAUGAUCAUGGCCAGCGAGCCGUCACAACAGCUUUAAGAUGCAAUUUUCUUGUUCUUUCCCUGAAGCUUGGGGUUUGGUUUGUCAGCUCCAGUCACGUCAUGCUGGCUGAAGCUCUACAUUCAGUUGCAGAUAUUGCAAAUCAGGCACUUCUUGCGUAUGGUUUAAAUAGCUCUAAACGUGCACCAGAUUCUACCCAUCCAUAUGGUUACUUUAGGGAACGUUUUGUCUGGUCGUUGAUAUCUGCUGUUGGCAUCUUUUGCCUUGGUUCUGGUGCUACAAUUGUUAACGGAUUUCAAAACCUAUGGACUUCUCAGUCCCCUGAACAUCUAGAAUAUGCAGCUUUGGUCAUUGGUGGCUCUUUAAUUAUAGAGAGUGUUUCUCUUGUGGUGGCCAUACAAUCCGUGAGGAAAGGCGCUGCUUCAGAAGGAAUGAAAGUGAGAGAGUAUAUUUGGCGUGGUCAUGAUCCUACAGCUGUUGCUGUCAUGACUGAGGAUGGUGCUUCAGUUGCAGGCCUGGUCGUUGCCGGUGCAUCAUUGGUUGCAGUUAAUGUCACAGGAAAUCCAAUUUAUGAUCCCAUUGGUUCCAUUGUUGUGGGCAACCUUCUCGGAAUGGUUGCAGUAUUUUUGAUUCAGAGGAACCGCCAUGCUUUAAUUGGUAGAGCAAUUGACGACAAAGACUUGAAAAAAGUUAUGCAUUUGUUGAAAAAGGAUCCAGUUGUUGAUUCUGUUUAUGAUUACAAAAGUGAGGUGAUCGGACCUGGCUUCUUUAGGUUUAAGGCUGAGAUAGACUUCAAUGGCGUAAAGCUGGUACAAAAUUAUCUCGACAGAGCUGGACGCGAACAGUGGGCUAAAAAGCUUCGAAAGGCUUCAAAGCAGAAGGAUGAUGCAGCGAUCUUGGAAAUCAUGUCACAUUAUGGUGAAGAAGUCGUGACAGCACUAGGGGCUGAAGUUGAUCGGCUAGAAAAGGAAAUCCAGGAAAUAGUUCCUGGUAUUAAGCAUGUGGACAUUGAAGUACAUAGUUCAAUUGGUGCAUCCCCAUGAGCAUGUUAUCACAUGCUUAAUUCACUGUAAUGUAUGUAACUUUGUUUUUAAAGAAAGUCGUUUGUGGCUUUCUAUUAAGAGAAAUUAAUGUCAUAUUAGCUUAGGCGAAUGAAACUUUUGUCUACAAACUACAAUAUUGAGAGCUCUUUAAAGCAUCUAAAGGAAACUUGUAGCAAUGGUGUUUUGGAAGUACACUUUUACAAUA